AAAAAAAUUCUAUGUAGAACUAACAUUUUCUAAGACUUACAUCAUCAUCUCCGUGUAGUUGUUGAAAUUUUGAAGUAGUGCUAUUCAUUUUUCUUAGUGCAUAAAUACUUACAAAUUAAAAUUAAGAAAAUCAGUCGAAUUUCAAGACUAACAGUUCGCAGAAAGAAGUAAGACUGUCCAGAAAUGGAUGCAGAGGACAAAAUGGGCAAAUCAAUGAGAAUUGUGUUGACGUUAGGUUCAUGCGAUCCAUGUGUGUUACUUGGGACAGCAAUACAUCAGAGCCUGUUCCAGGUGGGUAUACUUAUACUUUUCAUCCAAGAAUUGCAAUUACUACUCAAGUGCCGAGUGUUAUAAAUAAUUAUAAAAGGUACGUGAGAGAGAAUUUAGCUUAUUCUUUAAAGAAGCUGUCGCAGAGAAAAUUUCUAGAUGAAUUAGACAUGAAUGAUUUUUACAAUACGCUGGACUUUGUCAAUGAAUUUAAAAGUUUGGAAGAACAGUAUUACAAUUUGAAGGAGAAAAUUUCAUUUCUACCUUUUUACGAGUCAAUGUUAAAUAGAAUAGAACGUUAUGUAUACAAAUUACAAAGUUCUGGAGAAUUGAAUGGAGAUAACAAAGAAGUAUUGAGAUAUCUUUAUUUAGCAGUUUUAAGUAAGAUUCGCGGUAUUAAGGAUGAUGUAUACAACGAUUAUUCCAGAAAUCUAGCCAGCUAUUUGAACGAUUAAAUUAACCAGAUAAAUGAAAUAAGAAAAGAUGAUUCCUAUGAAAAUUAUCAGGACCAAAUCCAAAGCAAAGUUGAAGAAGCUGAGGAUAUUAUCGCUAACAAACUUAUCAAAGGAAUAGACCCGAUUAUUUCUAAAAUAGAAAAAAAUAUUCAGUUAUUGAUUUCUGAGACAACUGCUAAGAUAGAUCAGGCUAUAGAAGACAAAAAGAAACACGAGGCAGCCAAAGAGAGAUUAAAUCACUUGUAUUGGUUCAGGUGGGCAUCAGGUAUUAUAAAAAUAGCAUCGGCUGCCCUGACUUUUCUCGGUCCUUUAGGAAUUGUAGCAGCAGUUGCUGUUCAAGGUGUCGUCGGGAUCACUGAAUUCCUAGUUUAUUACCACCUAACUCCAGAAGGUGUAAAUAUACCAGCUGUACUAUCUUCUACAGUAAUAAAAUCAGUUGACAGAAUAAGAGAAGCGUACAGGACACAGCAAAAGUUAUUUAAAGAGAGAUUAUUUGAAAUUGAAGACGAUUUAAGGGUGUCAGAAAGAGAAUUCAAGGAUUCGAAUGGUAAAGAAUUAACAACUAUAAGAGAAAAAAUUCACGAAUCCCGUAAAAAAUUAGACGAAGAAGAUAAGAAUCAAAAUUAUGAUAAAGCAUCGUUGGAUCGUAGGGCUAAUAUUAAAAAGGAAUUGAGCGACUUAGUGAAGAACGAGAACGAGAUCUUAGAUAACGAACUAAAGAGUAAUAAAAACGCAGAGAACACUCGAAAAGACAUGCAAUUUGAGAAAAAAUUAAGAAUAGUAAAUCACAUUCAGACUGUGAUCGAUAUGGAUGAAUUAGGCGUUGAUUUGUAUGCAAAACUUUCAGAGGAUACAACUAGGAUUAAUAACGUCGAUAAUUUAAUACAUGUAGAUGAUAUAAAAAUCAUAGCAUACAAGCAAUUGAAAAACGAUAAAUUCAAUACUGUAAUGCCAUUAAGUCAGAAUGUAAAACAAAAUGUGAACUCUGCGAUAAAAAGUUUAGCAGGUUUAUCAAAAAUAUCGCUUAUUGCAGCUGAGGAGGAGAUAAAGACGAUGCUGGAAAAAGCGAAGCUCAAAUUUGUCGAUUAUACAGAUGAUUUCAAAGAGAUAAACAGUAAUUUAACUCACUGCAUUAAUGAUUUAGAGAAUCUCAUGGGACGGAUGAUUAGCAUAAAUACACAAAUUCAAUCUUACAAAGAGUCCCAAGAAUUUGCCAAAUUCAUUGCAAAUAUUAAUCUUAGCACGUCAGAUGGAAUUCAGAUAGCGGAUAAAGACUACAAAUAUGCUUUGCAAGAAUUAGAGUUUAUCAUACACAGAGGUAUCACUUUACGUAAGUAUGAUAACUCUAUUAAAGCAUUCAAGCAACAUGUGUUUCCCUUCGCUGACUCUUAUUUAAAAGAUAUUUACAUACCAAAAUAUCUCCAAUAUAAUGAUAUUGACAGUACAGCGCAUGGUGUUGUGAGAUCACUAGAAAAAUUACGAGAGGGUCUUAGAGACUACGUACUAGGUCGAAAUACGAAUCAUUUUAAGAAACACAAUGGUGGAAUAUUCGGUUGUGGAAGCACAGCAUUUUUUGAAUGGAAGUACGAAAAAAAUAAAAAUGAUAUAAAGAAGUUGCUUGAAGGUAAAGAGGUAAAAUUAGAAUCUGAAGUAAGACGUGGUAUCAAUAAAAACGCAAUCAAAUUCUACGAUGUUGGCAUUCGCUUUAGAUUGACUAAUAGAGCGAAGCAAAAUCACUUCGACGACUUGAUGCAUGGUUCGCAAAUAAAAAUGAAACAUCACGGAAAUUCUCACUACAAAUGCGGUGACAAGUAUUACACGAUCGCAACUAAAGAAACGGUUGAUAUUGAUUAUUAUUUUCAUAAAGAUUGCAAUGCAACUAAGAUUGACCCAAACGCCAUCUACCACGAUUUAGCUGAUAAUGGACCUUCACUCAGUCCAUAUACCACAUGGAGUGUACAGAUAAAUAUCGCCAAUGGUGUCAAUUUCGAUGCAUACAAAGAUGAAGAAAUGGAUUUAAAGUUAGUGGGGAAGGCCAUGUACUACGAACUCGAGAAAUCUGAAGAGAAGGGAAAAUUAUGCAGUGAAAAUAUGGACAAGUAUUACGAAGUAGAUGAUCGUAUUGCUGACGUUAAGUUGGUUAAUCUUAGCUACCGCGAGGAGAUAUUUUCUGAUGAAAUUACACCUAGGAACACUAGGUCACGUCGUAGUGUUGUACUUGAUGAGGACUCGAUCGAAGAUUUGGGCCAACGUUCCGUUGCCACAAGUGGUGCAUGCAGUAAUGCGAAAUCGUCAUUUAUAAAUACUUUCUUCAGUUUUAUCGGCAGCGGUUUGAUGAUGUUGAAAUACUGGAAGCCUGAAAACGAGCUGCCCCAGUGGUUUGUUGAUUACAACGACAAUGUAGAUACCAAAAAGCAACAUGUUGUCAAUGAAUAUCAUCAUAUGGAUAUGAAGCUUGUGUUGGAUGAUCAGUUCUCGCAAAAAGGGUUACCAAAUGAGUCAGGAGAUAAGAGUACACCGAACGUCGAGAGUAUUUCGGAUGCGAAUUUGCUAUGUAAUAACGCUAAUUUACUAUUGCUAGAUUCACUGAUUCGGUGGAAAAACGGAAUGAAACACAAGCAGCGACAGAGUACGCUGAGGAACGAUUUCGUUGAUGCAGGGUAUGCACACAAUCUGGCAUACAGAGGAUACCUGUACGAAGAUAACUGAUAGCAUAUGGUCUAUAUAAUUUUAAAAAAAUGUAUGAUUCACUUAUAUACUCCGUGUGUUUGAAUAAAUGGCAAAAACUUA